AUAGUCUAUAUAUAGGUUUUAUUCAUUUCUUUUUAAUGGGGACGGGAGCGAUGCGAUUUCUAAAUGUUUUUCUCAGACAGUAUUCAUUGUUUUCUAAAGGUGACGGAAGCGGUGUGAAUGCGUACAUCUUAGACACGGGCAUCUAUCCAUCUAACAGCUAUUUCAACGCAAGAGCUACUGUGGGGUACGACGCUGUCGGCGAUGGACAGGAAGGUAUUGAUUGUAACGGCCAUGGUACUCACUGUGCUGGGACGGUAGGCUCGGAUGUCUUUGGAUCGCUAGAGGUGCAUCAUUGGUCGGAAUUCGGGUCCUCAACUGUUUCGGCAAGGGCUCUUUAUCACAGAUCUUAGAUGGUCUUGAUUGGGUGCAAAACAACGCGCAGAAACCAGCAGUGGCGUCCAUGUCUCUUGGAGGCGGGGUAUCCACACUCCUGGAUGCAGGUGUGACGUCACUUAUUAACAGUGGAAUCUUGGUGGCGGUUGCAGCGGGAAACGACGACCAUGAAGCCUGCUUGAAUUCUCCGGCUCAAAACCCACUUGCUGUGACUGUUGGUGCCACGGACAAGCAAGAUAAACGAUAUAAUCUCUCCAACUACGGCACUUGCCUUGAUAUCUAUGCUCCAGGAGUAGACAUCACCAGUACUUGGUACGGUGGACCUACCGCUACCAACACUAUCAGCGGUACCUCUAUGGCGUGUCCUCAUGUAGCAGGAGCGGCCAUCAUAGCACUUGGAAACGACAACAGCCUCGCUCCAGAUGCUCUCAAACAGAAGAUCUUGAACGACGCAACACCGUAUGUAGUUCGUGACGCCAAGUUAGGGUCACCAAACUUGCUGCUUUACAUACCCUGAAUUGAUCUGCGCAUGCGCUAUGCGCUAGCUACACCUAUUAGGAUAGCAGUGAUGAAGAAAUUGUUACGUAGCGCAUGAUGAAACAAAUCGCUGAAUGUUUAGCAGAGUUAAUGAGUGUUUAAUGCAAUUACGCCUACUUAUAGUGCAUUCAUAGUAUAUGAUAUCAUUUUUUUAGAUCCUAAUAUUUUUUCCUUCUAUUUACUCUGUUUCGAGGGACUUUAUUUGUUCAUAUCAUAAAAUAACAGCUAUUAGCAACAAUGUUUAUAUACAUAAUUCAUGCAAAUUGUAACAUAUCAUAUAUAGUACAAAACAUAAAACUAAUGUGACACAAUCACUAACUAAAAUAUUGAAAAUAUUAGUGUUAUUUCGUUUGCAUCGAAUUUCUCAUAUCGAGAUGGGUGCGAAUUUCUACCUUUAAAUCUUUCAUCAAAUAUACAGCAUGUAUCCUGUGCUUUUCACUUCCAAAACAUUCUCUAAUAUAGUUUCUAUAGAUAAUAAACUGAGCGAAGUUUAAAAUCAGAUUGACAAGAUUUAUUUCUCUUCUCUCUAAUUCAUGACGUAUUAAAAUAAUUUUUCCGUUCAAAACGAUUCUUAAAAUAAAAAUCGAUUAAGUAUCGAUUAAUUUGGAUAUAAUCUUCCAAAAAAAGCGAAACCUUCUUACAAGCCAGGAGAAGGUGGUUUGUUGUAUCUGGGAUCUUACAGAUAUCACACAUAGCUUAUUAUUUUUGAUAUUUCAUUUACAUAAAUUGUCUUUACUAGGUAAUAUUCUAUGAAUACAUUUAAAAUUAAACUGCUUAAUUCUGUUGUCAUUUAUAAAGUAAAAUGUAUAAUGAAUCACCGUCUUCAUGUUAAACUCAUUAGGUAAAUCAAAAUAAGCGUUCCAAAAAUAUGUGCAGAUAUGACACCUCAAUCACGAAAAAUGAGCUAGGAAUACCAAAGUUCUGUAUGAUUGAAGUAGUGCUUGCAUUUCCAUAAUUUCAUCAAACGAGCUCGUUUUCACUGGCUGCCUG